AUGUACAACUGCCCCUCUUCCAACACAUUUCUUAUUUCCUUCUUUCUCUAUCUACAACGUCUCCCCUUUUAUAUCCUUCCACCGCUUUCUCUCCUUUCUCAUCUUUCGUCACCAUUUUUUCCCUUCCUUUCAUCUUCCUUUUCAACCUUCUUUCUCUCUUUUUCUAUUCAUUAUUUUCUUCCCUUUUUAUUCCUCUUUCUUCAACGUCCUCUUCUAAAUCAUUCCCCUUCUCCUUUUCCGAAUCCUCCUCCUACUACAACUCUUCCUCAUUUCUCUCUUCUUUCCCCAUCUUUAAAAGUUCCUCUCUCCGUUUUUAACCGUCUCUCCCGCUUGAACCUUCUUUUUCUCUUCGCUUUUUUUCUUCCCCUUACUGCUCCUCUUUCUUCAACGUUCCUCUCCUCUUCUAACUCCUCCUUCUCUUUCAACUCCUCCUACUACUACUCAAACUCUUCAUACACCUCCAUCACUUACUAG